GAAGCAGACAGUUGCUGGUAUCAGUGCUGGCUUCAUUCCUCCAACUGUAAACAUGGUGCUGCUGAUUCUGCUGCUGUUCACAGUCACAAGUGACGGCCAGGCUCAGCGGGUGCACGGCCUGAAGAAGGACGACUCGUGUGUGUGUGAGGUAAACUCCACCGUGUGGUCUUUCCCUGUUGUGAAGUAUGAGACUGUGUUACAGCAGGUUCAUACCUGUGAAGGAUCUCUGAACAGCCUGGCGGAACAGGUAGGAAUUCUCCACAGCCAGCUGAACAAUGCAGAGACAAAGAAGCUCUCCAAAGAGGUGGUUAAACUGCGGACGCAUGUGGACAGGUUAGAAACAGCUGACUUAGUUAACAUGAAGGCUGUAAAGGAGAAACUGCGCUACCUAAAGAAUAAUGUGGAGUCCUGCAAAUCAAUCCCCAAAGACUUCAGAGGCCAGGACAGAUACUGCUAUAAGGGCCUGAUCACCAACAUCAGUGACCCUGUAACAACCAAGCUCAGUCCUUAUGGUAAGAGCUACAUCUCUGGUUCAUGGGGCAAACAAGCCCAGAUGGAGAACGAGGACCAGAAAUACAGCUACUGGGUUCAGCCUCUGGCAAAUAGCCACAUCUGGGGCAACACUCUCCGUGUUUACCAAAAUUAUGAAGAUUUCAUGGCGUCAACAAACCACAAAGACUUUACAUUCGCUCCAUCGUACACCCAUCCCAACGCCAUUGAGGGUCCCAGUGCUGUGCUGUACGGUAAGGCUCUGUACUAUAACUGCUUCCGCUCUGCAGACGUUUGCCGGUACGACCUGGAGACCAACGAGGUCAAACGGGUGACUCUUCCAGGCACCGGUGUGGGUUUCAACAACAAGUUCCCCUAUUGUUACUACGAUUGCCGGCUCAAUAGUGAUGUUGAUGUAGAGGCAGAUGAGACAGGACUGUGGGCUCUCUAUGCCACUCUAGGUAACCAUGGAAACCUUGUGAUCAGCUGGUUAGUUUGGGAUGGUGAGACCAAGACUCUCAACGUGACACAGACGUGGGAAACGAGGCUGUUCAAGAAGGCAGUGAGCAAUGCCUUCAUGGUGUGCGGUGUGAUGUACGCGACUCGUUACGUUAAUGAGUACCAGGAGGAGGUGUUCUACGCCUUCGACACAGCCACAGGCAAAGAAGACAACUCACUAGCAAUACCACUGGAGAAGGUAGCUAAAGCAGUGGCUAGUCUGAGCUACAAUCCCACCAACAAGCAGAUCUACAUGUACAACGAUGGAUACUUGCUGGCCUACCAGGCCCACUUCUGAUCUUCUAAUCAAAAAGUUAAUGAAAUAUGAUACAGCAACAAAAAAGCAAUGAUUUAUGAUGCAAAUGCUAAAGUUAUAUCAUAUAGACUAUUAAGAUUGUUCUUCUAACAUAAUGUACUUUAGUAACACUGAAUGUAAACAUCAGCUGAGAUCAUAAUAAAGUCUUUGGUAACAAUAAACUUAGAUUGAUCUUUUGAUGGCCUUAUUUCACACAAAAAAA